CCUCGAGUGAUUCUAUUUAAUUUCGCAAAAAUCAAUAACAAUCGAGUCCUCAGCCUCUCGCAUGCAUCCCAUGCUGCCUUGCGGAUGAAACUGCUGAGUCUCACAUGUGUUAUGCAGUGUGCGUGUGUACGAGUGCUGUAUGUAAUAAACUAGCAUCUGCUAAAUAUAGAUUUAAAAUCGUUGCCUCUGCCGCCGACUGACUGCAUUUGCUAUCAUCAUCCAUCUCUGCCUGUCCGCUUCUUCUCUCGGAUAUACGCUUCUGUGUUCCUGCAGGCUGGAUCAUCCCGGCUAAGGUUCGACGUACUGAAGGCCCGACUGGUGCGCUUCCUGUCACAGACUCAGCGGAUGCUAACAGCAAGCAUGCAAACCACGUAACACCCCUAAGUGGUGAGGUAGUACAACGGGAUCCGACACGGCGCCAACCCGCGUCUGAAGAUGAGGUAAAUGAUAUCAUCGCUACGGCGACAGAAGCUUCUGAAAUGGACCACAACGCAGGUGCAAAGGCUGCGAUUGAUUUUCCAAAGGCAUGGCCAACCAAUCCUGUAAACUCCACGCAUAAACCAAAAAAUAACCCAGGAUCUAAUUCAACUGAGAAGCCAAAGGAUAAGGCAGAGGAGGAGAGAGAGGCAUUCUUCGAGAAUCUACAAAGAAAAUACAAUUAUGCUAGCUUCAUGGAUUCAAAAUCUGCCGAUAGCAGUCCGACUAGCCUGGGUAGCAAAUCUAAAAAACAGGAACGACCAACAACGCUUCCCACGAAGAAGAGUCCUCUUGGAGACGAUGAUCCUGGUAUGAUGUCGGAGGCUGAGACCAGCGCCACUGGCUUCCGCCGGGGAGCCAAGGCCAGAUCCUCUCUCCCUAUUGUCCGUAGCCCUUCCAAGACGCUGGAGAGACCACUCGGUGUUGUCUUUUUGCAAUUUAAAAAUGAAACAAAGCGGGCACUUUUACCCAACGAGAUCACGUCAGUGGACACCGUCCGAGCGCUAUUUGUGCGUGCGUGGCCAAAGAAACUGACGAUGGAGUAUCUGGAGGACCCCAACCGUUGCAUAUACAUCCACGACUUCAACACAAAAGACGUUUUCUAUGAGUUGGAUGACAUUAGUGUGGACUCAGGAAAACUUCGUGAUAUCAAAGACAGGUGCCUGCUUCGUAUUCAUGAUCGUGGCUCAGGAGACAUUGAGGAACCUUUGCAACCGCCCGAUGACCUGAACUACUUCUCUGAGCCAGAGUUUGACAGUAAUUACCAGUCACAGCAUGUGCACAAGACGUCAGUUGCUCGAUCGCAACCUUAUACUGUGCGAGCACCAGUUCCACAGCCUCCAACAUCUGUUAGCCAAUCUUCAGGUUUUUAUGGUCAGCUUCAGCCCCGAGGGGCACAAGCACCAGCACCUCCUAAACCAGCGAGAGCACAACAAAUGCCUCGUACCACUCCACAAGGAAUCCUGCCUCCUCCAGUCACUACUCAGCCACAGCCAGUCACGCAGCAGUACCCAACUGCUGCUUCACUACCACGAGGCACGGCUCCUUCUCAGACUACGGCAGUUUGGUUUGAGUCGCAUGGGUUGCAACGUCCCCCAGCCCCACAGGGUUACAUAUCUCCCCAGCGCUCUGGGUCACGCUCUGGCAGUGUCACCCCAAGAAUAGUUGAUGAAGAAGCAAGGUUCAGGGUUGAAAGCAUGGAGAAGAAACUAGCUGACCUUACUGGCCUUGUGCACACGGCACUUACCAAGGGCUCGCUGAGCCCACUAGAGGCUCCCGGCUCAGAAGUAUAUUCAAUGGAGAUUGUUAAAGAGAAAUCUAAAUCUCUGCCCCCUGGUGCCAAACUUGAUGUUAACACUGCUCAGCAAACCACAGACAUUGCACCAAAGCCUGUCCCACUCAAUAAAGAUGCCAUAAGCAAAAAUGAAGACCAGCAGUCAAUUGCUAAAGACAAAAAAUCUGAAAAGCAAGGUGCAACCAAAGACAAACCUAAACCCAAACUACCUGAAAAACCUGCUAGCUUAGCCAAAGCCGUACCGGCGGGUCAGAAAGAUACUAAGUCAUCUCGGGAUACCCAGACAACGCCUACAAAAGAAGAAUCAUCGAAACGAAAAGCAGUGAGUGGAAGUGGCUAUGCGACGCCCCAGGGUCAACAUGUACAGUACCCUUUCUCCCGAGAGUCGCUGCGUAACCUGCAUCUACGUACCCAGGAGUUGAAGCUCGAGGUUAAGACCUUGCGUCGCAUGACCCAGGCGCAGGCAAUGAACAUGAAGGAGAGCAUACGAGAAGUCUCUGACAAGAUAAAGAAUAUGUUGACGGUCCUGCCACUGAAUCCUGACAUACCGCUUCGGGGUGACAGAAAGAAGAUUCAACAAGACCAGGAGAGCUACCGACAGGAUGUCGACAUGUUGGAGAAAGUGCUAAGAGACCUAGAGGGCGCUGUGGAGGAGCUGAGGAGUGACGUCAUCAACCGUCGCUGUCGCGUCAACAUGCAGGAUGUUGAGUCGAUGGCGGUGGCUCUGAGUCACUCCAGUCGAGCCAUAGCCGACCUCAAGGUGCGCUUCCCAAACCUGCAGGACCAACUGAAGACUAUCAUGGACGCCGAGAUGGAGGUGGUCGUGCGAGAAGAAAAGUUUUUGAAGGAAGAACCAGAUCGAUUGGACAAUGCCCUGAAGCGAUGCAAGCGUCUCACGGGCACGCUCUUCACGCUGAAACGGUUAGCGUCUGUGCAAGAGCAGCGAGCAGCUACCACUAGCUCCUCUGCAGAAGCUGCAAAGCCUGAUUAUAGGGCAUCUAAUGCACAGGGAGACAAGUUCGAGAGGAACUUGGAACUUGCACAGAAGGCCCUGCGCGACACUCAGUACAUGGCCGAUACAGAACACCGGCUUGAUCGCGCCAUCUCUAGCCUAUACGAGCGUACAGGCUCGUCUCCAUCCGACUACUCGCCUAGCUUUGAUCCGACGCGCUCCAAAACGCCGCCGAGAGCAGGCACGUCGUCCGAUAAAGAUGACCACUACUCGACGGUCAAGCGCAACCUGAUGUCGCCGAGGAAGGACGCCGACACCAUCGCGAAGGUGCUUGUGUCGGACGGCUCGCAGAAGUUCGUUGCCGCGACGACGUCUCAGGGAAAGGACGCCGGCGCCGCCGCCGCCUCGCAGAAGCCACCGUCGUCGCUGUCGUCGUCGCCCGGCUCCUCCUUCAGCGACGCGCUCGUUCCCAACGACAAGCGCAAGCAGCCUCCGCCGCCGCCGCCGCGCCGCAGCCGCAGCCUCACGUCGCCACUGCUGUCGCCGACGGGCAUGCUGAGUCCCAUCAAGGAAAUGUCGCCUGUGAGCGGGCCACCGGGCGGCUUCGGCGCGUUGCUCGACCCGAGCAUGUCGCCGACCAUCGACAAGUCGAACAUCUCGAAGCACGGCCGCAGUCAGUCGGAGCCCGAGGACUUUGACUACACGCCGGGGCGCGCGGCGGCGGCGGGCGGCCGCGCGCACGAGGUGAUCCGCAUCAACGCGAUCACGGACGACCUGUACACGCGCGCGCCUGUCUCGAGCAACAGCUCCAGCUCUGAGAGCAUCAACUCGCAGGAGGGCACGCCGAGCAAGGAUGCGGCGCACGCGUUGUCAUCGUCGCGCACGUCGCGUCAGGAGAUGCUCGCGCGUAAGCACGAGGAGCUCAUCAUGAAGCAGCAGGCGCUGCAGGAGCAGUACUCGCGGCUGCAGAAGGAACUGCAGAAGGGCACGGCUCUGACGCCGACGCACAAGGUGAACGGCGACGCGCGCGCGCAGUCGCCGAAACCGAAGACGCCGUCGGCAGGGCCGGCCGACGACGCGGCGGCGGUGGCGACGGCGACGACGCAGAAGCGAACUGAGAUGAAAAUCUACGAGACAGACAUCUUGUGAGGCGCGAAAUGUGCGAGCGUGCUGCGUCUGUGAGUGCUACCGACGUGUCGAUGACGAUAGCUGGGUAGACGUCGACGACGUGACGGCAAGCUUUUUUUACAUCGAGCGGCGCUGCCGCCGAUUCUCGAGUCGGAGUCGCGGUAUCCGCAACUUUGGCUCGGCGUAAAUACUGGUCAUUAAAAACGUGCAAGCCCUAGUUCACACGAUUACUUCAAACUUUUCCAAUUUUUGCUGGGAGACAGACGAUCAUAUAUUGAUAAAUGUUUGAGGGCAGUCUGAGAUCAAUGUAGUUACUGUCUGGCAUGUAGUCAGUUAAUCCGCAUACAACUCUGCAUUCUGGUCUGGUGACAUUCUUGGGACUAUAAGUGAAUGAUAAGCACAAGAUGUUGGCGUUGGCAUGUGUGUGGAUAGAUUAUGUAUACUGUACAGCCGUUUACCUUUUUGGAAACCAGAAUCAUUUUGUAUUAACUCGCUGUGUUUUGAAACUUAGAUUACUUGCAUGCCCAGAAGACUAACCCAUCUCAUAUAGUACAUAUCAGCAUAAGCAUCGUUCAAUAUAUUCUGCUGGAGCUUCGUGUUUCAGAUUUUAAUAGUGCAUCAUGCAUGUAGUCGCAUUAUUUCCCUACAGUUUACCCGUUUAUGUUUGUGUAUUUACAACCACCUUAACGCUUAUAGAAGCACUGUAGGGCUAAUGUUUAGCCACACCGUGGCGUGAUGAUCUUUCAUGUUCGCCAUGCAACAGGGAGUGCAUUAAGACUAUUCAGCGCGGGAAGCAAAAGAAGCGGUUAUUGCGCAAAUGUUUCUAGGCAGUGCUGUUACAGUACGCCAUGCUCCGUGGUAAAACAUGCUUGCAAUGUUCGUGUUCUAAAUAUAGAGCUAGCUUAGGGCCUUCGUCGUCACGUUGGUUGGCCUCCAAUGACGACCUCUAACUCUUGUGACGCUGUGGCAGGUUUUCAGUCCCUGUCAUUUACUUUCAACGUUUCCAUCGACAUCGACUGUGAACUUAUUCAUAUGUACUGUCCAUUUGCAGUUUGGUUGUGGAAACAAUUUCGAAUGUUGAUACCGUGUAAGAUGGAAGUGCGGUCUAUGCUUGUAAUGUAGGUUGUUGAGGUAUAUGUAAAUCGAGACAUGAUUUCAGAUUAUGGUUUUCUAAAUAAUUAUUUAUAUUGCAUAGGCUAAAAAACAAUAGCGUGUAGCGAUUGUGUUUGUUUGUAUGUUUGUUUGUUUGUUUGUAAGUAGCCUGUGAUAAUAACAAGCAACAAUUUCCACGUUCACUAGGAAGUGUUAGAGCUCAGUAUUACUGAGUGCCGUUAGCUCCCCGAAUUCAUCUGAUCAUCUGAUCGGUCAGGACGGUUGUAUUCAGAAUGUCAGCAUUUCGCUCAUUUAACCAGCUACCAUUAGUUCUUAGUUUGUGAUGUUGCUUUGGCUGGAAGCCUCUUAUUUGCGAAUGGAUAAAGAGAAAUGGGUGUAAAAAGACUGGUUGUGUUGAAGUUGUACCGCACCAAAUAAUUGUGAAUAAUCAGUUAUAAAUCGGUUUUUAACGGCAUCUUAUGCACUCACUCCGUGGCAUGUCUUGUACGUUAGCUAGUCCUUUUUAAAUUAUUGUUUAAAUUAAAAGUAAAUGAAAAGUUAA